GUUACUGUGAGCUUGUCCCGAUUGCGCAUCACCUCUACGAAUUAAUUCACGUGUAACUGUUAGAUAUUCCACACUGCCAGGAUUCUAUGACUGAACAACAAUGGAUGCAUCCAAAACAAGGGAACGUUUUUGCACUGCGUGUCUCUUUUGGAUAGCUCUUUGUCUUCGCAAAGGAAUGUCGGCGCAAAUUACUUACUCCAUAGCAGAGGAGGUAAGCCCAGGGACAUUUGUUGGAAAUUUAGCGAAGGAUCUGAACUUGAAAGUGUCUGAAUUGGAGGGACGCCUGCUUCACAUCGUCUCCGGCUCAGCAAUUAAACAUUUUGAAGUGAAUUUACAAACCGGUGCCCUUCUCGUCAGUCAAAGGAUAGACAGAGAACAUAUUUGCUCCUCUAGUCCUGUGUGCAUAGAAAGCCUGGAGGCAAUAGUUAAUAACCCGUUGAGAAUGUACAGUGUGGAGAUAAAAAUACUUGACAUGAACGACAAUGCACCCGUUUUCCCUGGGAGAUCUCAACAUAUUAAGCUAGCGGAGUCUACCUUUAUAGGUGCCAAAUUCCCAUUGCUCGGCGCUGAUGAUCCGGAUGUUGGCAGCAACACUGUUCAAUCCUAUAAACUGUCUUCGAAUACAUUUUUCAAGUUAGAGCUACAUAAGGAGGCCGACCAAGGCCCCUCUGCGGAGUUAAUGCUGCACAAAGCGCUGGAUCGGGAAAAACAAGCUGCAAUAAAUCUAAUCUUGACUGCUGUCGAUGGCGGAAAUCCGCCCAGGUCUGGGACAACUGAACUAAUCAUAGAUGUCUUAGAUGCCAAUGAUAACGCACCUGAGUUCUCUAAAUCCGUCUAUAAGGUUCAGGUGUCUGAAAACACACCUAUUGGUACACCUGUUCUUACCGUCACUGCAUCAGAUGCCGACGAAGGUGUAAAUGGUGAGCUAAUUUACAGAUUUAAACAGGGCCAGAGGGGAAUAUUUGAGAAAUUUGCAAUAAAUCAAAGCACUGGUGUAAUCACAACACUCGGGAAACUGGACUAUGAGGAGACGGGUGCUUAUGAGCUACGAGUGGAGGCCCACGAUCGUGGCCACACACCUCUCGCAUCACACUGUAAAGUUCUGGUGGAGAUCCUUGAUGUGAAUGACAACCCACCCGAUAUCAAACUCUCCUCCCUUUUGGAGAACGUGAGGGAGGACGCAAAGAAAGGCACUGCAAUAGCCCUGAUCACGGUUCAAGAUCGAGACGGGGGAAAAAACGGACAUGUACACUGCUCCAUCCCCGAUGGCAUACCCUUCCUGUUGGAAUCAUCCCAAGGGAAGUACUACUCUCUUGUGCUUGGGGGGACACUGGACAGGGAAACGAACUCUGAAUAUAACAUCACAGUCACAGCAACAGAUGAGGGAACGCCUCCUCUCACAAGCACAAGUUGUGUAGUUGUACAUGUUUCAGAUGUAAAUGACAAUGCUCCGCACUUUCCAGAAAAUGUUAUUAACGUUUAUGUGAGAGAGAAUACUCCUGUAGGAACGAGUAUUUUAAGCUUGACAGCAUAUGACCUUGAUGCAAAUGAAAACGCUCAGGUGACAUACUCUCUUUUGGAAAACAAUGUCAAUGGAAUGUCUGUGUAUAAUAUCGUUGCCAUUAAUUCGGUAACAGGCGAGGUAAACACUAUGCUAUCUUUCAAUUAUGAAGAAAUGAAACAAUGGAGUUUUCAAGUGCAGGCAAAGGACGCAGGCAUUCCCCCGCUGAAUAGCAACGCCACUGUUAACAUAUGUAUACUGGAUGAAAAUGACAACAGCCCUGUCUUUCUCCCGCCUUAUUCUGACCAAGGCUCCGUGAACUCUGAGAGCAUCCCCUACUCUGCUGAAGCGGGCUACUUUGUGGCCAAGAUCAGGGCUGUGGACGCGGACUCUGGCUACAACGCGCUGCUCUCUUAUCACAUCUCUGAAGCCAAAGGCACGAACCUAUUCCGAAUCGGAACCAGUUCUGGAGAAAUAAGGACAAAGAGGCGAAUGAGUGACAAUGAUCUAAAAACACACCCGCUGAUAAUCACCGUCUCUGAUCAGGGGGAGCCUUCUCUGUCUGUGACUGUAUCUGUAGAAAUUGUAGUUGUUGAGAGUACAGGAGACGCACAAUUUACUUUUAAAACAAUUCCUCUCAAAGAGGAAACCUUAUCUGACCUUAAUCUCUAUCUGCUCAUCGCCAUUGCCUCAGUAUCAGCCAUAUUCCUCAUCAGUCUCAUCACUUUAAUAGCAGUGAAAUGCCACAGGACUGAUGGUAUUUUCAGUAGCUGCAGCGCCCCCAUGAUCACCACUCACCCAGACGGGAGCUGGUCUUACUCUAAAACUACUCAGCAGUAUGACGUGUGUUUUAGCUCAGACACACUGAAGAGUGACGUGGUGGUGUUCCCAUCACGGUUUCCGCCUGCAGACGCGGAGCUCAUCAGCAUUGACGGAGCAGACACUUGUAAACGGACACAAACUCUUCCCAGUACAACAAAGAUGAAAAUGACAACAGCCCUGUUAUUCUCCCGCCGUAUUCUGACCAAGAUUCCGUGAACUCUGAGAACAUCCCCUACUCUGCUGAAGCGGGCUACUUUGUGGCCAAGAUCAGGGCUGUGGACGCUGACUCUGGCUACAAUGCGCUUCUCUCUUAUCACAUCUCUGAA